CUUUCAAAUACUACUGUGUUUAUAGGUUAAUUUUUUUAUUUGGAAAUAAAGUGCCUUAAUUACCCGUCCGAACAACAAAUAAAAUGGAUCUUGAAAUCAGAAAAUUACCUUUGGACAUCCGUUCCCGUCUGAUAAGUCUUCUGGAAUUGCAAGAUUCAUGGAAAAAAUUAAUGGCCAUGAUACCAGAAACAUUGUUGUUAAAUAAUUACAAAUGCGAUAUAAGUCACAAUAAUCCGGCCAAGUAUCGUUCCGAACACUUCCACAUAAUUGAAGAUAAUUCAAUUAAGAAGCGAAUUUUUUGUUCUGAAAUUUUGUUACGUGAAUGGGGCACUUCAGGACGGGUUAGGCCUGCUGUAGGUCAUCUGAAGUACCUUUUGGAGAGAGCAGAGUUAUUUCGAGCGGCUGAUUAUAUUGCUGUUGAUGUUUUAAAGCAGGAACCGCCCCCUAGACCUACCAAAGGGCCUGCGGCUCCAGUUGUAAUCAACCCUGACGAGUUAGAAGACCCGGAAACGAAACGAAUCGAGAAAAUUUUGGACGAAAUUAAUUACCCCAGUUCUGCAAUUGAGAAUAUAAACAAAUUGAACUCAAUUAACACAAAUUUGAAUUACAGUACCAAAAAGACGAUGAAAGUGAUACCCAAAAUUAUAAUUAGUGAAUCACCGGAUAUGGAAGAGACACCUCCACAGUUCCGUCUACCGGUCGUUAUCCAAAAUGAAAAAAUCAAGUCAGAGUCAGAUUUGAUUAAAUUUUCACAAGAAUCGGUUUCAAAUAGCGAUAAUAACGCAAAUGUUCCGCAUUUGUCAUCACUUUUGACCGAUGAGGCUUCCAAUAAUAACAUUCCUGCUGUAAUUGCCGACAUAACGUCGUCAGAAUUAAGUUCAGAAACCAUUGCUUCUGAGAGUAACAAUUCUGUGGUCAACAGACCGAAUUUGUCGUCACUGUUGAAUCAGUCAAGUGACGACUCUGAACCUAAUUUCAACUUGCCUGCAAUCAGCGAAUUAAGUCUCUCUUCAAAUUCCGGUUCUUCGACAAACUUCCCCGCUUUAAGUCAAUUAAUUGAAUCGGAAAAUAAAUCUACUUCUAAAAAUUCGCGCUCCUGUUCGUCUCCUCUACCAAACUUGUCGUUGAACACUCCUUUGCCUCACUUCACCUACUGUGAUUUAGCAACAGCGACUAAUAAUUUCGACGAGACACCUUUGGCUCAGGGUGGGAGAUUUCUGGGUUCUGGAGCUUUCGGUAAAGUUUACUUGGGUGUGGGGUUGACUAGUAAACCAGUCGCAGUGAAAAAAGUCAUUUUGGAAAAUGUCGACGUCGUUCGAGUUGAUGAUAUGGUUACUAAACAGUUUCGCAACGAGGUGGAGAUUUUGAGCAAAUAUGAACAUGAAAAUUUGGUAGCUUUGAGAGGUUAUUCGUGUGAUGGGGACACUUAUUGUUUGUUGUAUGAGUACGUCCCAGGAGGGGCUUUGAAAGACCGGUUGCAGAAACACGAAUUGAUUUGGACGGAAAGGCUGUACAUUGCUAUAGGGACAGCGAGGGCGAUUGCAUAUUUACACACAGCGUACGCCACUCCCUUAAUUCAUAGAGACAUUAAAACUGCGAAUAUUUUACUUGAUAGUAACAAUAAGCCAAAGUUGUGCGAUUUUGGCCUGAUUAAACGUGCUUUAAACCAAAACACAAACACAGCAAGUACGAUUUUUGGGACUUCAGCAUAUAUGGCGCCUGAAGCUUUCAGGGGAGACGUUUCAGUAAGAUUAGAUACUUUUAGUUUUGGAGUCGUUYUGCUUGAAUUGUUAACUUCAAUGCCUCCAAUGGACGAAAGUCGAGAAGGUGUCGAUCUGGUGACCCAUAUACAAGAAAACUGUCAGAACGGUAUUAAACCGUUGUUGGACAUCGCAGUCGGCUCAUGGCUAGCGAAUAAUAUUAACUUUGGAGAGAAAUUAUUCGAAAUUGCAAUGGAUUGUUUAAAAGAUAAAAAAGAGAGACCGACAAUGACAACAAUUUGUGGUAUUUUAGGCGAUCUAGUCCAUAAAUCUUUAUAAGAUCAAAAAUAUCUAUUUAUAUUUAAGUAUUUAUUCAAUAAAUAUUUUAUUAUUU